CUGUCACGUGUCUGCGAUCGGUCCUUUCUCGCCUGACCGUCGAGAUCCUCGCUUUGUCUUUAAAACUCCAAACGGAAAUCCUUGAGCACAACCAAGAUGCCCAGGGAAGACAGAGCAACAUGGAAGUCGAACUACUUCUUAAAAAUGAUUCAACUUUUGGAUGAAUUUCCCAAAUGUUUCGUUGUGGGGGCGGACAAUGUCAGCUCCAAACAAAUGCAACUGAUCAGAUCGUCGAUUCGAAGCCAAGCUACUGUAUUGAUGGGGAAGAAUACAAUGAUGCGAAAAGCUAUCAGAGGUCAUCUACAAAACAACCCAGAUUUGGAAAAGCUUCUUCCACACAUCAAAGGUAAUGUGGGACUCGUUUUCACUGAUGGUGAGCUUGUUGAUGUGAGAGAUCUGUUAUUGGCAAAUAAGGUUGAAGCACCUGCUCGUGCAGGUGCUAUUUCUCCAAUUGAUGUCAUCAUUCCUGCUCAAAACAGACUUGGUCCCGAGAAGACAUCCUUUUUCCAGGCUCUGUCAAUCCAGACCAAAAUUUCCAAGAGGAACCAUUGAAUCAUCAACAAUGUCCAUAUUCUGAAGCCUGGUGAUAAGGUAGGAGCUUCAGAAGCAUCACUUCUGAACAUGCUGAAAAUCUCUCCCUUCACCUACGGUCUUGAAGUGCAACAAGUGUACGAUGCUGGUACCUGCUUCAGUCCUGCAGUCUUGGACAUCACCCCUGAGGACAUUCGUAAACGUUUCAUGGAGGGAGUUUGUAACGUUGCCGCAGUGUCUCUGCAGAUAGGCUACCCCACUGUUGCCUCUGCACCACACUCUAUUAUCAAUGGUUUCAAGAAUCUUCUGGCUAUUGCUGCUGAAACCGAGAUCACUUUCCCACAAGCAGAGCAGAUGAAAGCAUACCUCGCUGAUCCAUCUGCUUUCGUGGUAGCUGCGGCUCCAGUCACGGAAGAAAAGAAGGAAGAAGCACCAGCUGCGGCGGAAGAAGAAUCUGAAUCUGAUGAAGACAUGGGAUUUGAUCUGUUUGGCUAAAUCAGUUGCAUGUGCAUUACAAGUACUUGGAAUUUGCUACUGAAGUAUGCUUCAGUAUAAAUACAAGUAAAAGGAUUGCCAAG